GUCGCCGGUGGGUAGUCAAGGGCCUUAGUUACCUGCGAAAGGAAGGGAGCAACGCCGGCAACGUCGAGCAGCUACAGGGAAGACAGAUCUGGAGCUAAAGCCGAUCGACGGUAAGAGAAGGCAAAAAAGGAGAGCCGACCCACAGUAAAAGAAGGUGAGGAGAGGUCCGAUCUUGGUAGCCGGCACCGGUAGGAGAGGAAAGAUUCGACUGUCGAUAGGAGAUCUGGUUGGUGAGCUUGCCGUCGAUCAAAGAACAAUGAAUGAGAAACAAGGAGUACCGACUGGUGGUUGAGAGAGAGAUUGGAGCGGCACCUUCGAAAAGGGAGCUUGGGUCGCCAAUCGACGACAGGAGACGAAAAGGUAGCCGACGGUGUCGCCGGUUAGGGAGGUCCGAUUUGGGGUGGCUGUUAGAGAGAGAGGGAGCUGGUGAGAUUUUAGAGAGAAGGUAGAGAGAUUUGUUUCUAGAGAGAGAAGUUGAAGAGAGAAAAUGGGAAGAAAGGAAGAAAAUGAAGCUUAAAUAGCUAAGAGCUGGGGCAUGUGAAACAACACCGUUUUGGGCACCAGGGGGCUAUUGAGCAGGAGACCAACACGGUGCGUUUUGAAAAGAGGCCACGCAGACCUUAGGGAGGCAGUUUAGUUGGAGCAGGCCGGCAUUUGGGCCGCUUCUAGCCCGCUAAGAUAUGGAACAUCAGUUGGAAGCAAGGAUAAGUGCACUAGAGCGCAAUCAAGAAGAGUUCAGACAUGAUCUUAGAGAGAUGAAAGGAUAGAUUGCCAAAUUGAUGGAAAUGGUUAAAUGUCUCAACAGAACCAAUGUGAUUCACCCUCAAGAAUUCCAAUCGCUUCAAACCGAACCACGCCUCAAGCAACCAUUGAAGGAAGGCCAAUUUGUCCUUGAUAAGACCAAUAUUUCACUUAGUGACCCAAGUAAAGAUCAAGGUUUGGAAAAAGUUAUGAAAAGAAUGGACGAGUUGAAUAUGCAGAUGGUUGAAUUGAAGGGCUCAAUAUCCAAGAUGGGACCUCUAAGCUCUGCACCACCUUUAAACAAUGGUUUGCCACUGAGCACAUGCUUCCAACCUACCCCUUUUCGACCAACUUUUCAACCCAUGAACAUUGGUCUGCAUCCAAGUUUUCACCCUUGCCCAAGCAUUUUUCGACCACCUUCUCAACAAGCUCCUCGAGCCCAACUGUUCACACCAUCACCUAUCACCCUUGCUCCUAGCCUAGGUGUCAUCCAAAAACAAUCCAAAAGGAAACAACAUAAGCAAUUGGAUCCCAUUCCCAUUUUUUAUGGAGAACUUUUUCAGCAAUUGGUUCAGGAUCACCUUGUUGCUGCUAUGCCUAUAGAACCCUUGAAACCUCCAUAUCCAAAAUGGUAUAAUCCAAAUGCAAGAUGCGAUUAUCAUGGUGGAGUCAUGGGACAUUCCAUUGAAGAUUGUACUACAUUCAAGCAUAAGGUACAAGCACUGACAGAUGUAAAGUGGUUUGAUCUAGCAAAGAUGGUCGGACAGGGUGAUAAGGUAUCCAAAUAGGCAUCUAGGUGGCAAAAGUGGACUUUGUUAGGACUUUUUCUUUUUGAGUAAAAGUUUUUAAGGUUUUAGGAUAUUUAAUGUUUAGACAUAGAUGUGCUUAAUUUCUUUUGAAGUUUGGAUUUAUG